GCCUUUCCGCUUCCUGCCGCGGGCCGAGGCUGAACCGGCGCUUCCAGCUGGGAGGGGUGGCCUGCGACAGCCCUAGUUCUCCAGAUGGCUUCUUUUGGGUGGAAGAGAAAGAUUGGUGAGAAAGUCUCAAAAGCUACUUCUCAGCAGUUCGAAGCAGAAGCUGCGGAUGACAAGGAUCUGGGUGACGAUGAUGAUGCUAACUGGGUGCUUGCAGCUAAGAGAAGAAAGGAAAUUCUCUUAGAAGAUUGUGUAAGGAAAAGUAAGGAGCUCAAGGAUGAAGGUGCAAAUUUGGCUGAAAAUAUGAGGUACAGAGAGGCUCUUGUCAAGUGGGAUGAAGCACUUCAGUUAACUCCCGAGGACGCUACACUUUAUGAGAUGAAAUCACAGGUCCUGAUGUCUUUACAUGAAAUGUUCCCAGCUGUGCAUGCAGCAGAAAUGGCUAUCCAGAGAAACCCACGUUCCUGGGAUGCCUGGCAGACUUUGGGACGUGCCCAGCUUGGGUUAGGAGAGAUAGCACUGGCAAUCCGAAGCUUCCAGGUAUCCUUACACAUCUUUCCGAUGAACCCUGAAGUAUGGAAAGAAGACCUUUCCUGGGCAAGAAAACUGCAGGUACAGCAGAAGGCCACAAAGACUGAGUCAGUACAAGCACUGGCAAAAGGAGAAGAGCUUGGGCAAGAGUCAAUCCCAGACUAUGACUUUGAAAGUGAUGAAAUCGUGGCAGUCUGUGCUGCCAUUGCAGAGAAGGAGAAAGCUCUUUCAGCAGCUAAAACGAUGGUGAUUGUGUCUGCUUCAGGCACAGUAGAGACUGUUACCGAGCAGGACAACUGGCCUGCGACUCCUGAUGAAACCCUUUUCAUCAGGGCCCGGUAGCGCAGCCUCAUGGGUUGUCAUACCCUAAAUUUUAAGAACUGCUGCUAUUUAUUGUAUUUUGCUUGCUUUGUGUUUGGUGGUGGUGUGGUGUGUUUUUUUUUUUGUUUUUUUUUUUAAUGGUAGGAUGGCCUACAAAAGUUAAAGAACUGAAGUUAUUUUUCAAAAAGAAAGGCAAGGGUUGAUUCUAAAAAUGCUUAAUUCUUAUGAACAAAUGUAAUGUUGAAAUGCUUAACUGCAUUCUAACAGCUGAUUUCAUCUUAAUUUUUAAAUUUAUGAAUUAAAAAAUUCAUAAUUUUUCAAGUUAAUGUGUACAUUUUCAUAGUAAUUUGGAAAGUUUUAUUUAAGCUGUAAAAGUGCUGUGGUUUAUUCCCAGCUGACAUCUCAGCCCCACAGAGCUGACUGACUCCUGGAGGAACAGGGAAGUGAAUUGGAAGAGGAAAAGUGAAAAGAACUUGUGGGCUGAGAUGGAGACAGCAUAACAGCGAAAGCAAAAGCUGCAAAUGCAAGUAAAACAAAACAAGGGAUUCACCCACCAGUUCCCAUGGGCAGGCAGAUGUUCAGCCAUCCCCAGGAAAGCAGGGCUACACAUAGGACUUGAGAAAAGACUCUGAAUGUCCUGCUUUCCCCUACCUCCUUCUUUCCCCAGUUCUGUGUAUUGAGCUGUGGGAUGGAGUAUCCCUGUGCUCAGCUGGGGUCAGUUGUUCUGGCUUGUCUUUUCCCAGCUUCCUGUUCACCUCCAGUCUUCUUACUGGUGGGGUGGGAUGAGGAGCAGGAAAAGGUCUUGACCUGUGCAGGCACUGCUCAGCAGUAAUGAAAACAACUGUGUAUUAUCAACACUUGCCAGCACAAAAUCAAAACCUAGUCCCCUACUUGCAACUCUGAAGAAAAUUAGCUCUAUCCCAGCUGAAACCAGCACAAAAAGAAUAUUUAAAAAUUAUUUUGGUCACUGUUAAUUAACAUCAUUUUUCUUCCAGUGAAAGUGUGAACUGUUAUUCUGUUAUUGACACUCUUGUUUUCAUUAAGAUUACUUGUUCUAUGAGAAAGUUUCCUGUGAAGCAGGAGUGGAUUAUUAUUUUGUAUGUCUGUGUGUGACAGAUCUGAUCUGUAGGCAUAUCAAGUAGAAACCUUUAUGUUGCUUUCCUCCAUGAGUGGGUUAAACAUUUUCUAAUUAGAUGAAAGGAAAUGCUUUACUAAACAAGGCCCUGAGUGCUUAGUUACAGCUAAAUGUUUCACCAGAAGAAAGUUUGUACUCAAACUGGCCUUUCCUUAUCUUGUGUGCUGUGCUACAGACAUCACCAGAAGUAGAAUGGUGGGAAUAGGAAAUACAUAUGGCUGAAUGGUAUUUGGGGCUUUUCUUUCCUAUUGAGGUUAGUCUGAUAAAGGGAGUCAAUUUGCUUUUCCUAAUUCUUAUGUCCUGCCAUUAAAAGUAUCCUCUUAGGGAAAACAGCAGUUCUCCAGGACAGAACUGCUGGAGUCUCCCUUUUUAUCUUUUUUGGAUUUUGGAUGCAGCGGUAAGUAAUGAGGCAUACCCUAGGAAAUUUUUUUAACAUUGACUUUUUUUCAUGGGAAGGUUCCUCACACAGGCAGUUCAGAGAAAUGGAAACAGGCUGUUUCUUUGAUGUGCUCUGUGGAGCACAUCAGCUAUUCUCGUUUCAUUGUGUUGGAGACAUGGUAGAGAUGAUCACAUCCUAACAGUACUGGAAAAAAUGAUCAUCUGAGGAAUUCCUGAAGAGUUCAGUUUGUGAACAUGUAUUUUUACUUGAUUUUGAUAAAAUUUUGUAUGAUAAUACAUAGUUUUGCAGACAAGUGAAACUUCUGUUAUCAGUCAUCUGUGCACUUUUCAAGUCUGAUUUUUAAUUUCAAAUUAAUACAUUUUAAAAGAAAAUAAUGUUGCUUGAGAAGUAUAGUGUUUUUACAGUGGAAAAUGCAUUGCAGAAAAACUAUUCUGAAUCAUACUUUCUGUUUAUGUGAUAUCAGAAUGCCUUUAUUUAAGAGGAUACCUACAGUUUUUUGAGAAGACUUAAUUGCCUUGUUGUACUAAAUUUUCAUUAAUUUUUGCAAGAUUCUCCCUGAAUGUUUUUUGUAUUUGUGAAUUAUUAGAUCUGUGCUUGCAUGAACACACAUUCACACAAAAUCACACCUUUUACUAUCUUAUGAAUAUUCAAAAUAAUUAGAACUACAGUGGCCUGAAUAUAUUAAGAAAUGUAAAACAUCAUCAUGCUACAUUUUUAUUUCUUCAUUAAGUUCAGAAAGAUUUUAAAUGCUUACUGGGUAGGCACUUGAUUAAGAUAUGGUUUGAUAGUUUAAAUGAUUAGAGUUGAAGGAUUUGCUAAUCUUUCUCCUGUCAAUACAAUCUAGUCAGCUGUAGGAAGAGUUAGAAUGAGAGUGGUUUGGACAGAUUUCUACAAAGAAGAGAUUUUUCUCGGGCUGGAAAAGAUGUGUGAGAUGCUCUAGGGUAUGUUUUCAUUUUGAAGGAGCUUGGCUGUAUCCACCUCAUCUUUUCUUUCUUUGCGCUUUGUACUUUGCGUCAGUGUUCUGUCGUUACUCAUACAGGAAGGACUGCUGCCAUUCUCUCAGAGGCCCGUGUUAUCACAGAAUCUGUUUCCACUGAAAUGAUUCACAAAGUUCCUAUUCACUGCAGGGCCAGACUGCUGGAGGGGUGUACAUCUGCACCAUCAGGCUUUGCCAGGCUCGAGGGGUGAUGGUUUCCAUCCCGUGUACUAAAUGUGUUUUCCUUCUGAUUAGAUUAGGUUAUGAAUUCUAGGUAUUGUCAGAACUGUAGUGUUUUGUAGAGCAAUUAAGUUCCCGGGACACCAUUUUCAAACUGGGGAGAAGUCCAAAUAUUGAUGAUUUCAACAUUGUUUUUUGUACAGCAUGCCAUGUUUUGCACGUAUGUAAUUUUCUGGAUCGAUUCUCUGGUUUGAAUAAAAUACUGACUUUCGCUUCUUAA